CCCGUCGCCGUGUUGUCCACACCCACCCUGUCCCCCGUGGGGCCGGGAGGGCUCUGGGGGGGGGAGGGGGGGCGCUGGGACACAGGGACCCCGGUCACGGCCUCCCGGUGACGCACGUGGCUGCUCAGCCCUUUUCGGGGCGCCGAGGCCACCGCCAGGAGAUGCCACCGCUGCCACCCGCCCCCACGCUGGCCCCUUACGGCCCCCCUGUCCCCCGGCUGCCCUCUGCGUCCCCACGUCCCCUGCAUCCCCCGGGUCCCCUCCGUCCCCUGUGCCCUCCUUGCGCCCGCUUGUCCCCAAGUCCCUCCAGCCUUGUCCCUGUGUCCCUGCGUGUGUCCCCCCACCCACAUCCCUGGUGUCCCUCAUGUCCCCUGGAUGGGGCGGGCACGGUGGCCAUGAGUGUCACUGGCGCUGGUGGCUGGCGGGCAAGCAGGUUCCUCUGGCAGGAGCCACUGGCCACAGGAAGCGGCGAUGUCACGGCGAUGUCACGGCGAUGGCGGGGCGAUGGCGCGGUGAUGAUGGCAUGGCCGUGUCACCGGCAGAGGCGGGCACAGCGGCGGGGGCCGGAUCCUGACCCAGUAUAAAUCCAGUGGGGAGCGGAGCCGGGGACCGAUGUGGCCGGAGGCAGACGGGGAUGGAGCCGGAGGCGCUGCCAGGGGGUGCCUGCUCGCCGGCGUGUGGGGGGUCCUCGUCGGGAUCCUCGGGGUGCUGUGAGGAGCACCUGGCCUGCCUGGGCCUGGAGGGGGACACCUGCGCCUGCCGCGACGGCGCCUUCGUGGAGGUGGAGCCCGGGGACAACCAAGAGCUGCUGACGGAGGAUGACAUCUACUGCCGCUGCCUCUCCAAGACACUGUGCCACACGGCCACCCCCGUCACAGUCGGCUUCUACGCCCCCUGCGGCCACCGCCUCUACUCCCUGCUGGACAAGGUCACUGGCUUCAUGCGGCAGGAGAUGGUGCGGCGGGAGGAGGCCGAGCUGCGCCGGAGCCACCAGAAGCCACGUAGCCCCGAGGGCUGGGGGUUGCUGCUGGUCCUCUGGUACCUGGCCUUCUACAAGCCCAUCAUCACCGAGAGCCACCUGAGGAGGAAGAACAUCGAGUUCAUCUUCAUCCGCUUCAGCGCCUGGCAAUACGCCGGCUGCGACAAGCUCUGGGCCGGUUUGGUCACCACCCUCUGUGACAGCAUCCGCCACCAUUUUGGGGCUCUGCCCCUCAGCGUCUACCAUGUCAUGGGCACCCGGCCCCGCUUCGCCUCUGGCUUCAGCCAGAAGGAAUGGGUCCUCAAGACGGGCACCUGCCUCAAGCUCUGGGGGCUGCUCUUCGUCCUGGGCGCCGGCCUCACCAUCCUGCUGGUGGCCCUCUUGGUGCCCGGCAUCAAGGACCACCACGCCUUGAAGGUGGUGGGCAGCGCCGUCACCUCGCUCUCGGGUUCCGGUUUGGCGCUGGGAGCUUUCUCCAUCCUGAAGAACCUGUUGAUCAGCGAGAAGCAAAAGAUCGAGCGGUUGACCAACAGCGAGAAGUUCACCAGCCAGUUGGGCUUCAUGAGCAAGGUGCGCAAUGAGGUGGAGGUGCUGGUCGACUUCUUGUCCUUCAUGGAGAUCUUUGAGCGCCGACGGCUCCGCGUGGUGCUGGAGAUCACCAGCCUGGACAUCUGCUACCCUGAGAAGGUGGCCGGCGUCCUCAAUGCCAUGAACACCUUGCUCUCCGAAGCCAACACUCCCUUCAUCUUCAUCCUGGCUGUGGAUCCCAGCGUCAUCGUCCCCUGCCUGGAGCAGACCGGCUGCAUGAAGGGUCUUGCCGACAACGGUUACCUCUACCUCAACCGGACGGUGACGUUGCCCUUCUCCAUCCCUGAGAUGGGUGCCCGCUCCCGCCUGCGAUUCCUGGAAGCCGCCAUCCAGACGCGGGAGGACCUCAUGUACCGCAUCAUCACCAGCAACGUGGAACGACGCCGAGCCAAGUGCCAGGCCGUCCCAGCGGUUCCCAGCCGGCAGGAGGCGGACGCCGAAGCCGUCCGCUGCAUCCACGAAGCUUUCCGCUGCCUACACGACAGCACCGACCCUCUCGCCCGUUACCUCCCCACCAGCGGUGCCCACGUCCGUCGCAUCGUCAACACCAUCCCCAUCACCCUACGGCUCCUCCUGCACCGCGCCGGCACCCCCGGCACCCCCUCGCCCCGCGCUGCCGCCGCUUGGGUGGUGUUGGCCGACCAGUGGCCGUGCCGGCUGAGCUGGGCGCUGCAGUGCCUGGAGGAUGCCUGGCAGAGCCGGCCGACGGCGGAUUUUGGCGCGCGAUCCCUGUGGAGCAUCUUCCAGGAGAACGUGGGGGAGCUGAGCUCCCUGCGGCAGCCCCUGCACAACGUCCUCAGCCUGGACGGGGACCCCGAGCUCUUCCAGACCUUCCUCGCCUCCGACUUCCCCUUCACCGCCCGCGACGCCCGCGCCUUCCUCGGUGUCACCGUCAACCUGGACCACUCCAUCCGGCACAAGAUGGGGCUCCUGCGCGGUCUCGACCGCCUGCAGAAAGCCACCGCCGCCCCGGUGUCCCGCGGUGUCCAGUGUCCCCACCCUGAGUGACGGCGGACGCUGGCAUUGGGUCUCCGGUGAUGCCUCUGGACGUCAGGCCCCCGAAUUAAGCUUGGACGUUGGUGGCACCAGGGCACCCCUGUGGCCGGCAGCCAGAGGAUGCCCACGACCUGUUGUCCUCCCCCAGCAUAUUUUUGGGACCUCUUUGGGGACAGGGACGGGGGACGAUUCCCGUCCCGCUCGUCCACAAGAAGAGACGCUGCAGGAGGUGAAAAUGCCACCAGGGGAUGGAGCUGGGGCGACCGGAGGGGACCAGAGGAGACCCGAGAUGACCCGGGGGGCUCCAGGGGGAGGUCGCUGCCAUCCCAGGGACCCCGGCGCCCAAGUACCCACCGCCCCCCGCCCUGACACCCUCCAGGGAACGUCCCCUGGUGAGUGGGGCCCGUGGGGGGGGACACGACGACCCCAAGAAACCACGAAGCGGCCGCUGGCCUCACUGCCAGGGCGGCCCCAAAGGGCGGACGUCCUCGAGCCGUGUCCCUCAGGAGCUCCUCACGAAGCGCCCCCCCAGGACCGCGGGGGUCGUCCCAUAAUAAACCAG